AUGUUUUUGCUCAUGAUAUGGAGAAAAAAUGGGGAAAACCUGUUUAUAUGGUUCAAGCUAGAAAUCUUUUACCCAGAUGUCAUUGAAUCUUACAUGCCAUCUGGGAGCGGAAGGACAUAUUCUCACACAAUCGAAAGCCACCAUAAUAUGAUGGUUGGGUUCACGACUGCAUUGGAUUCACAAAAAGAAUUCAACUCUCAGAUGAGGGCCAUUCUUGUGGAUUGGCUGGUUGAAGUUUACAAGAAGUUUGAACUGAUGCCUAAUAGCAUGUACCUUACUAUGAACAUCUUAUUCAAGGAGAGGGCAUCAAUUGUCAAUGAUUUCAUAGCUAUAUCAGACAACGCUUACGUAAGAGAGGAAGUGCUUCUCAUGGAAGAAGACGACGAUAAAGUUUCUUGCUUUGGAUUGACAAUGGCUUUUGAUGCUAAAAUAGAG